AAUGCUGCGGUUUCUUGUCUGCAUUGGAAAAGCUGUAGUUUGAAUAGAGAUUGAAAUACCUCCUCAUCAGCUGAUAUUGAAUACGACGCAGAAUCGAUCAAAAUGAUGUCGUGGUUGUUCUCCUCCUCCUCCUCGGAGGAAAAGAAUCCGAAACCGGAAAAUCCGAACCCUUCGGAGGAGCAUCAAAAAAUUGCACCAGUGAAACCCGUUUCUCCGGUUGUUCCGAUGACACAGUACGGCUACCUUGCCCCUCCGGCACUUCCUCUCUCCGCCACUGGCCGCCCAGCGCCACCCCAGCCGCAAAUUUACUUUGCACGACACCGACGGAGGACUACACCACAAUUCGCGACGAGGUACAGCAGAAAUCCGGCGAAGCGAGCGACUUUAGCGAAUUCCACGGAACAGACUCGCUCUCCGCGGGGGCCCGAUGGCCGGCUGCACUUCGAGAAGAAUAUUGAUAACGACGCAGAGCCAAAACGCGGGGCAGAAGUCGAAGAUGAGCUUGAGCCCAGUUAUGAUCGAAAUCCUGGCGGCGGCAAGAACGCGGAUCGCAUCCGCAUGCAGAACCUCCAGGAUCUGGUCGCCUACACCGAGAACAAAAAGCCGCUGGAAUUCUAUUCCACCAUCUCGGCUGCGCAGUAUUCGCAGGCACCAGAAGUUCGUGGAGGCAUCAAGCCCUUGGACCUAGACAUCCUGGGACAUGUGGUCCCGGAUACGAGCGUCACCGGCGGGUCAGGCUCGAUGAAGCAGCGGAGAACCAAAAACUUCCCUCGCGAGGCCGCGGCAGGAGCCGCAGCAUCUUUAUCUCCCGAACGCGGAGCUGUUGCGGACCUUGGUCCAGGAAGAGCUACUUCGCUCACGAAUUAUGGAGCGACCGAUAUUUUCUCCAAAAGAAAUCAGAAUGAAGACCAAGACGGCACCAGAUCACCAGUUGCCGACUCCUCCGUCUCUCCAACCAGAUCGAGCCCGCCAGUGUCGUUCUCGGGUCGAGGGGUGGCGUCGCCGAAAAGCUACCGGGGCUUGAAUUUCACAGGACGUGAGUCGGCUUUUGCGGAGAGCCAUCAAGACACCAGGAUUUCCUCCAGGGGACAGAAUGAUAAUGAAUCGUCAAGCAGAACCGGAACUACAGGGUGGGAUCGCUCCCUCCAGGAUCAAAUUCGGCGGCUCAACGCACGGCACGGGGAGGAGCCGUCGAAUACAGCAGCAGCAGCAGCAGAUCAACUGCAACGGGAAUUCAGCCCUUUUCGGCCACCACAGCGAGGUGCCUAUCAUCCACCGUCUUUGUCGCUGCCGUACCCGCGCACCGCCUUCGCGCAGAACAAUCGAAAUGCGCAGAACCCAGAGUUUUCCUUUUCGUUCAAUUCAGCCAGAUCUUCAGGCGGUUCGCGUUCGGCAAGGACGACCUCGCAGCAGAACUCGACGAGGGUGGUCGACCCCAGCUUCUAUUGCGUGGAUUCAUUCACUGCCGUGACAACGCCCGCGACAGCAUCUAGCGCCGUCGUGUCUGCCACGAGCCGUCUUCUUGGAGGUUUCGCCGGCUGUGACUACCAGCAACCAGACACAAGUGGGUCACUUUUGUUCUAUUCGCCCAAUAACCGGAGCGGAGCGAGAGACGGAUCAUACAGUGAUUACCGUGCUGCGAAGAUUACUGCAGGACCAGUCGACGUUCACCAGCCCAAGUACGCAUCGAACUCGCUUCAAUUCGAUUUUCCUAUGUUUUCCGUACCAACGCCGGGCGCAAGCAGCUGCACAAAUAAUUUGGUUACUCCAGUUUCAGCUCCUGCGCGUAUGCCCGGCACAUUGCCAUGGAGCUUGCCAGACUCCGGCUUUGCAGGAGCUCGCCCGCAAGUUUCAAAUUUUGUCACGCAAGAGCCAGAGCAAACGCCCAUAUCCGCCCCGGCGCGUGUUACGGUGCCUUCUUCUGAUCUCCGGUUUUCUCGCGGAGUGAAAGCGGCAGCUGUAGCAGCGAAAGCGCUCCAAGACGAACAGCAAGAAAGUUUGCUGCUGCAAUUCCAUUCCGUCGACCAAGGAUACGAAGUGCAACAAAGCCGCGAAGGGAUUAGCAGUCGCGGCGACCACCUCGUCCCUGAGCAAAAAGGCCGUGUGCUGCAGGAUAUCGCGUCCCUGUCUCCAUCAGUUUGCGCGGACAAGAUACAACCGAGAUCCCCUAAGCCGGGCUCGGCGAAAAAGCUUCACGCGGAGCUUCUUGCUUCUCUCAAAAAUAUCGCAGGAGCCGCUGAAGAAUUGGAUCUGCUGCAAAGCAGCGUCCUGACGAAUCUGGAACGCGAAAUCUCCUUCCGCCACGGCAGCAGUGCCCUCGACGAUUUUCUACUACAUGAGGACCCCUCAAAACUCAGCCCAAUCACCGCGAUUCCGCCCGACGAAAGUGCCACCAACGAAGAAUUCACGCCCCUGACCGGAGGAGCGUCAGCGCCAGCUGGAGCAGCAGGAGCAGCUGUGGCGUCGUUCAAUACCUAUGGUCCUGCCCCGGGGGCUGUACUCGGAGAGGCAGCACCUGCUGCACCAAAGGUACAAGGGAACGAACAAGCUGGGCCGGCCGAUCUGAAAGACGUACGGAAUGAGGCUGCUCAUCGCGGAACAGGAAACAGCAGGUCAAUUGUUGAUGGAAACAAGCGAGGAGCUGGUCGCCUGGAGCUGCGCGGAGGUGACAAAGGCAAACAAGAAGAUGAUCCGUUUGCAACAAAACAGAUCAUUGACGCGGCGGAGUUGCGGGCCCGUCUUCGCGAGCAAAGUGCAGCGUCGCAGGCCUCUGGCGUGGCCAGCGGUUCUGCAGCUUCUCCCUCUACGGCGCAACCUGUCACUCAUGACCCGAACAAGACCGAAUUAGCUACACAGCGGGGUCGCGAGGACCAGUCGACAAUUUUGUCGACGCAAAUUCAGUCUGAGCCGCCGACGAGGAUUGCUGAGGGCGGAGCGCUACAGCUGCAAAGGCGACGAGGAAGUGAAGAUCAGGCACAACAGGAAGAGUGUCGCGAUGUCGAAGAGGUGCAGCGAGAAAUUAUCCAGCGAAAGUAUCCUGAGUAAAAACGUACCCACACCAUAGUCAAGAUGGGGAAUCGGCUAGACAAAUCCACAAGUUUUGGCUGUUUUGCAUGACAGAUUUGGACUCGUAUUGUAGUGCUGUUUGAGCUAGCUCAGGAGCAUCACAGAACUAGCAUACCAUGCUGAUUGGAGCAUGACAAAUUGCAAAACAUGACUAUAAAAUGCUUCUCAUGGGGCUCCGCAUGACAAACAUUUUCAGCAUGCAGAUUUGCAUUACAGCUAUGGGGUGGGUACGUUUUUACUCAGGAUAGAAAGCAGCAGCUCAUCAGCAAAGCGGAGGAGGAGCUCAGGGCGAUCGAACUGCUGUACGAACACCUCCUGCACCGACAGCCAUCAAAACCGCCUUCUAGUCAAGCAGCCGGAGAAGUAGCCUCCAAGCCUGUGUCAACCAACAAGGGCAGCGAAGCAAGCACUGCUUUUGCACUGAAACACGAAACGCGAAAUAUUAAAAGCGACUACACUACAGACACCGCAGCUAGUACUUCGCCACUUAUCGAGGAGAAGCACCGCGCGGUCUCGCCUCUGCUGGCUGCGAUAGUGGACAGAAUGGUAAAAACAAGGGAUGAGCAGGGAGGAAGUUCAGCAUCGUCUUCGAAGGUCGGUAACGGAAGCCGAGAAAAAACCGGAAACCUCGCGCACGACUUCGCAUUUCAUUUACUGCAGAAGCGCGCAGAAAAAAUCGCAUCGCUCUCACCGCGCGGGCGAGUGUCGGGCUCCUCGGAUGGGACGAAAACGAAAAACAAAAAGCCGAAUCCAGCUGCCGAGCAGCAAGCUUCCUUCGCGGAGUGGCAGCGGUCGUGGUUAGAAAAGCGCGAGGAAAAGUUGCAGUUUCUGAAAGAACUACAGCAUGACGAGACAAUUCACAAGCACGCGGGCCACGGAUUCUACGUCACGCCACAGUCGGAACGGAUUUUGGCGGAAAAGGAAGAUCGGAUAAGAACCACGGUAGCCGAACCAGCCACAGAGCAGGAUAUGAACGCUGAGCCUCUUGAAGGGUACAAGUCUCCCGUGAAGGAUCACGCUCAUGUGAGUGCAAAGUACUGGGCGAAGCGGCAGCACGACGUGCACAGCGCGAAAAAAGUCGUGGGGCGGCUGAAGACUUUGAGGAAUAACCGGAAAAACAAUCAGAACAACCUCGGAUCUACAGCAGGCCGGGUUUUGAACCUAACAGAGAAGGAAAUCCGGGAUGAGGAGAAGCACCCAAAAUACAAAGCCAAAGACGGAGGCCCCAUCAACGAAGCGCUUCUGCGGCUCGCGCAACCGCGGAAGGUGGAGCCCGGGCUGCAGGAACUGGAAAAACACAGCGAAGUGGAGCUCCGCGCGCGCACCGCCGCGCGCAAGCUGCUCGAGAAGAAGACGAACGUGAGUGAUCGCGUCUCCGAACUCUACCAGCUUGGCGUGCAGCGGGUUUCGUCGAGUUCGUCUGGACCCGAUGGUCCACCGGGGAAUAAAACUGCACCAACAAAGAGCGCGCAGCCGGCCCCUUCGACGUCGUCUUCCAAGAUGAACUUGAAUUCGAUGAAAAUUCUGCAAGCGGUGGCAGCGAGAAAGAAGCAAGCCCAGGAAGAGCUAUUGCUUCAGCAAUCAGUGCUUGAAGCAGAAGUUGCGUCAAAGAACCGCGUUCCGGAAAUUCGAAACAAAACUGGAGUGGAGUCGAGUGCAGCGAGUACCACGGCCGACAGAAAUCCGCCGAGCAGCCGAGAAGUUCCCGGACCAAAAGAUGAAGGCGAAGCAUCACCAUCAACGGUUUUUGAAAAAACUGCAGAAAAGAUGAAGGGUGAGAGUGGACCUUCAGCUGCACCACAUCAGCAGCGUGGUUCAGAACAAAAAGUAAAGAAGCUGCAAGACGUUCCUGCCGGCGCAGUGGCGGUUGUGGUUGAUGCGUCCGACGCUGAGGGGAAGCCAAAGUCUGACGCGUCUGAAACUGCAAGUAGCAGAUCGUCGAAAGGUCGCAAGAAACUACCGACGCCGCGGAGCAUUCAAGCGAUGGCGCGGAUGCACCAAGUCGCAGAGGAGUGGAAGCGUCGGCGUGAGGAGAAGCAUUUGCAGGCCAAGUUGCAGCGGGAGGAGGAACUACUGAAGGAAUGCACCUUUGCACCAACUUUGCACUCCAAGAACUCCUGGAAACGCGCCACCUGAGCCGGACGUGCGGGUUGGUCUUUUCGAAUAAAGUUACGCUCUUGAUUCCAAGCCGUAGGAUCUCCGCAGGCUCUAUAGCUCGGACACUGCUUCCGCUUCUCACAACCAACACGAGUACGUACUUGGAGUUUUUGCAGCGCGUUUUCGGUUUUGAGUCGCCGACCUUCGCAAGAACCCCUCGCACCUCAAAACCAUUCCAAGAAUGGAGUGCUGUUUCGCACUGCUGGGGACGUACGGAAAAGAUCAUGCACUCGGGAGGUCUGCUUCGUCCUAGACAAAUGAUGAGCACAACCACGACGAGACCAGGAAUUUGAUUUGGAAUUAUGUUUAUGAUGGAGGUCAAGU